AUGGCAAACGAAAUCUCACAACCUCCAACUCUAUCACUUCCUGACCUCAUCUUUGACACCUUCCAGCGCAUCAGCAGACAACCUACAACCAAACAGCCGCCGCGCCCGCUGGCUUGCUUCGGCAUCAUCGCAUGUGAAGCCAACUGCAGAUGUCGUAAUCGCAACUCCCACCAUCCCUGCCUCCUUCCAGCCAAGCUUGCAUCUUUGGCCGUUUGGGACGCAUGGGGUGCCUGCCUCUCUCACCGGGCAGGUUAUCACAGAUCGUCGAGGCAAGUCAUCUCGAGCACAGAGUCCAUACAACCAAGGGCCAAACUCUACUGCGCCCGUCAACUAUCAAAUCGUGACAACACCCGCCGGCCUGCAUUCGAGAUUGCUGUCGACUUGCAGUUUGCGGCCUCGUACAUGAGGCAAUACCUGAUUUUCCCGCCCGUAGGCAACUGGCGCACCCCGGCCGAUCCUGCCCCGAUCCCCUCUGCCCUAAGUCCCCGUCGCCAGAGUUCCUGGAAUCCAAGGGACGAAUCGUCAUCCAGGGAUCAUGACCUCUUCCUCCACGGCCUCCACCCGAACGCAGCAACCCAGGCCCUUGACCCCAUCUCUCGUCACUCACACCUUGUGGAGAACGGCCAGCCGCCAAUCACCAACCUGCAGCCGUGCCGUUGGCUGCCCCAGGGCUGGAACAAGUACUCCUUGAGGCGCCGCCCUCAGUCCAAUCGAGUCAGCUCCGGUGUGGGCUCCCAGGAUCACGCCCAGACACAGGCACCACAGCCAGUCCACCUCCGCUCACCGCAGCAUCCAACCACAGACGCCUACAUAAUCCUUAGCCUAUCGUAA